AUGGCACCCAAAGUUUUGGUUUCACGUAUUCUGCCUCCUCAAACACAAGCGAAGCUUUUGCAGCAAGGUUUUGAAAUGUACCAAUGGCAAGAAGAUUGUGCCAUUCCUCGAAAUGUCUUACUUGAGAAAGUGAAAGGUGUCGAUGCAAUAUAUUGUUUAUUCACUGAGAGAAUUGACGAGGAAUUAUUAGAAGCUGCAGGUCCGCAGCUAAAAGUAGUAGCCACUAUGAGUGUUGGGUAUGACCAUAUCGAUGUGAAGGCGGUGAAAGCACGAAAUAUAAAAAUAGGCUAUACUCCUGGAGUUUUGACCGACGCAACUGCUGACUUGACAGUUUUACUAACUUUGGGAGCUUCGCGUAGGAUCAAGGAGGGUAUCCGUGCAGCUGAAGAGGGUUCGUGGACUACAUGGGGCCCAACUUGGUUAUGUGGGUCACAAAUCACGAACAAAACGCUAGGUAUUGUGGGCAUGGGCCGAAUCGGCGAAGCUGUUGCCCACCGUAUGAAGGCGUUUGGUGUAUCGCAUAUUGUGUAUAGUGGAAGAAGUAGAAAGGCAACCGCUGAGAAAAAUUUGAAUGCGGAAUACGUGCCGUUUGAAUCCUUGCUAACUGAAUCAGAUAUUAUUGCUGUAUGCUGUGCUUUAACAGAUGAAACGAGGGAUUUGUUCAAUUAUGAAGCAUUUAAAAAAAUGAAGAAGACAGCAAUUUUUGUUAACUCUGCCCGUGGUGGUAUCGUACAGCAGGAUGAUCUUGGUAAGGUGGUUGAUAAUACUAGUAACUGUUAUAAUAGCCUAGACUUAUGUAAAGUUUCUCAAACAGUUCGUGCCCUUGAAGAAAAUCUAAUUGGCGCAGUUGGGUUAGAUGUAACAACGCCUGAGCCAUUGCCAGCAAGUCAUAAGUUAUAUACUUUCCCUAACUGUUUGAUACUGCCUCAUGUCGGUAGUGCAACUUUAGAAACGAGGGAGAAUAUGGCACAAAUGACGCUUGACAAUAUUUUAGCAGGCCUUCGUGAUGAAACUCUUCCUUUUGGUAUAUAA